CCAAGCGUCUUAUCAAGAUCUGCGGGAGAAUGAGGGAGGAUCUGUUUUCUUUAGAGAUGUUGUUUCCCACAACCGGGAUCUCCUUGAGGCGGAAAGCUCCGCAAGGAGGUGCCUGGAAGUGGAAUAGAGGAUCCAAUGGGAAGAAAUCCCCAAGAGCAAGGCAAGUCUCGAAAGAGCUGAGCACGAGCAUGCUCUCUACUUGUUUAAGUCGGAGGAUCUUAGAAGGGAAUUAGAAAAAAAGAGCGGGGUAGCUCAGUAAUUCUGAUUCUUUUCUCUUCCAGCCCCCGGGCGGGCCCCUCUUUCUUUUCUCUUCCAGCCCCCCGGCCCCUCUUUGAUAAGGAAAGUUUUCAUUUCUCAAAUAAAAAAUGACAAAUAUGGUUCGAUGGCUCUUCUCUACUAACCACAAGGAUAUUGGGACUCUCUAUUUCAUCUUCGGUGCCAUUGCAGGAGUGAUGGGCACAUGCUUCUCUGUACUGAUUCGUAUGGAAUUAGCCCGACCCGGCGAUCAAAUUCUUGGUGGGAAUCAUCAACUUUAUAAUGUUUUAAUAACGGCUCAUGCUUUUUUAAUGAUCCUUUUUAUGGUUAUGCUGGCGAUGAUAGGUGGAUUUGGUAAUUGGUUUGUUCCAAUUCUGAUAGGUGCACCUGACAUGGCAUGUCCACGAUUAAAUAAUAUAUCAUUCUGGUUGUGGCCACCAAGUCUCUUCCUCCUAUUAAGCUCAUCCUUAGUAGAAGUGGGCAGCGGCACUGGGUGGACAGUCUAUCCGCCCUUAAGUGGUAUUACCAGUCAUUCUGGAGGAGCAGUUGAUUUAGCAAUUUUUAGUCUUCAUCUAUCAGGUAUUUCAUCAAUUUUAGGUUCUAUCAAUUUUAUAACAACUAUCUUCAACAUGCCUGGACCUGGAAUGACUAUGCAUAGAUUACCACUUUUUGUGUGGUCCGUUCUAGUGACAGCAUUCCUACUUUUAUUAUCACUUCCGGUACUGGCGGGGGCAAUUACAAUGUUAUUAACCGAUCGAAACUUUAAUACAACCUUUUUUGAUCCUGCAGGAGGGGGAGACCCAAUAUUAUACCAGCAUCUCUUUUGGUUCUUCGGUCAUCCAGAGGUGUAUAUUCUCAUUCUGCCUGGAUUUGGUAUUAUUAGUCAUAUCGUAUCGACCUUUUCAAGAAAACCGGUCUUCGGGUAUCUAGGCAUGGUUUAUGCCAUGAUAAGUAUAGGUGUUCUUGGAUUUGUAGUUUGGGCUCAUCAUAUGUUUACUGUGGGCUUAGACGUUGAUACGCGUGCCUACUUCACCGCAGCUACCAUGAUCAUAGCUGUGCCCACAGGAAUCAAAAAAUCUUUAGUUGGAUCGCUACCAUGUGGGGAGGUUCGAUACAAUACAAAACACCCAUGUUAUUUGCUGUAGGGUUCAUCUUUUUGUUCACCAUAGGAGGGCUCACUGGAAUAGUUCUAGCAAACUCUGGGCUAGACAUUGCUCUACAUGAUACUUAUUAUGUGGUUGCACAUUUCCAUUAUGUACUUUCUACGGGAGCCGUUUUUGCUUUAUUUGCUGGAUUUUACUAUUGGGUGUGUAAAAUCUUUGGUCGGACAUAUCCUGAAACUUUAGGCCAAAUCCAUUUUUGGAUCACUUUUUUCGGGGUUAAUCUGACCUUCUUUCCCAUGCAUUUCUUAG